GGUGCGUAGCACACGACCGCAGGUUCUUCUUCGCUGAUACGUACGGUAUUCCGUCGGUAUUACCGGCCUUACGUACAACUGGAUGCCUGUCCGUAAGCGAAUUCUAUUUACAUAUAAAGCAGACCCUGAAUGGGCCUACUGUCUUGGGUUUACAAAACAACUGCUGUUCGACCUCAGCAUCGGGGAUUGACGAUAUCGUAGGAAUAUACAGCCGCAAGAUGGUGCGAACUCGCACCGAUCCAUGCGUCGGGAUUUCGGACUUAGCGUAGCAGUUUAAAAUCCCCGCAUUCUCGUGGUAUAGUAAGUACCUCACGCGUUUGCUAAUGCUAACCUACAACGUCCCUAGGAGACAGAGGCUUAUCGUAAUCUCGUGCUCGCUCGUAAUUCCCACAGAUAUUCUGUUGCAAAGUACUUGAAGCGAUUCUCGGCUUUAUCUCAAUAACGAAAGUGGGUCUCCUUGAUUUGUGCUCUGACACUUUCCGGUCACUCGCUAGACCGAUCUGGCCAUCUAUGUUAGAAUGCAGUCUAGCCACGAUAUUCCGGGUCAUAUAUUCCGUCACCGCACACAAGACAGUUCGUCAUGAAAGCCCCUAACAGCUAUCGAGGGAAUAAGUAUAGAAAGAAUCCAGCCACACACAUCGUCAAACGUGAUUUCAGAUUUACAACUUGAACAACGACGAUGGCCGACAGCAGCAGACUCCCACCGCAACAAACCAUCGCUACAGCUUCCGACACAUACGCCGCAGGCUACACACUAGCAGCCUCCACCUCCGGAAAAGAUGACCAGACUCAACAUUUUCAUUUGUACUUGCCUGCUGAUGCCACCCCCACUGCGAACACCAUGAUUGGCCUCGGAGGGACGCCUGACGCGCCCAUGCUGAAGGUCCCCGUUAUGGGAUUUGGGGCGUGGGCUUGGGGGGAUGUGAAUAUCUAUGGAUGGGGUCCUGCGGGUGGGUAUGAUAAGAAGUUGGAUGAUCAUAGUGUUACGAGUGCUUUUGAUGAGAUGUUGAAGAUAUUCUCGAAGGUGUUGAUUGAUAGUGCGGAGUAUUAUUCGGAGGGAUAUGCGGAAAAGUGCAUUGGGUUCAACCUGGACAAACGAUUCACAGACGCUGAGCGAGCGCACCGUAUCGUUCUCGCAACCAAGUUUUCGCCAACAAUCUGGCGUCAUCCAUUCUUGUAUCCCGACUGCGUCCUUAAAUCCAUGAUGGCUUCACUCGAACGGACUCUGAUGCCCACAAUCAGCAUUUACCAAUUGGAGGCAGGGAGCCAUUUCGGCCUCUGGCCACGUCUCGCGACUUUGGCUGACGGUCUGGCACGAUGCUACGAAACAGGCAAAGUGAAGACCAUUGGGACUUGUAACCUCAACCUCAGUCAAAUCAGGUAUCUCCAUGACUACUUCAAGAAACGAAACGUACCAUACGUCUCGAACCAAGUCGAGCUCUCCCUUCUCAGGACCGACCCCUGGAAGUCAGGGUUUAUCGAGGAAUGCCGACAGCUAGGCAUCGCAACUAUUGCUUAUUCUCCAUUGGGACUUGGUCGCCUGACUGGAAAAUAUUCCGCGGAGAACCCUCCCAAAGGCAAUCGCUACAGGGAAGACAUCUCAUGGUUGAAGAUCCAACCGAUCGUCAACGAGCUAACUCGUAUCGGUGAAGCCCGCCAGAAGACCCCAGGAGUGGUUGCCUUAAAUUGGGUCAUGUGCAAAGGAGCUAUCCCGAUUCCAAGCGUGAAGAAUGGGGAACAGGCGAGGGAUUGUGCUCAGGCUGUAGGUUGGAGACUGACACUGGAGGAGGAGGCGAGGUUGGACAAGCUUGGAGUCGCAUCUAUAUGGAGUGGGUAUUUCCUCAAGCGGUGGCAGAAUUAAAAGCGGUAGCAGCAGCAGGGACGGGUGUGGUUCUGUCGCAGAAGUGUGUAGAAAGAUUAUGUGCUUGAUUCGUUGCGCAGAGACUAGAAUUACAACGAGUGUACGAUACUGUACUUGAUGUGUAUGAAAAAAAAUGUCUUGUGUCCUGAGAGGUUAAACCCAGUCGGAUAUUUUC